ACCACUACAAGAACAAGGAAGACAUUAAACAGUUUCUAUCUACCAACCAAACCACAAGAGUUAAAGUUAAGAUGCUGGAAACAGUUAAAUACCUGAUAGGGUCGCCGGGUCCAAGCGGGUUCGGGUCCAAGUCCAACGCCGAACAAGUCACGGAAAACUCCGAUCUGCGCUCACUCACGGCCAUUAUUACCGGUGCCACGUCAGGAAUAGGAGCUGAAACGGCAAGGGUUCUGGCGAAACGAGGAGCGAGGCUGGUUCUGCCAGCGCGGAGCCUGAAAGCCGCGGAAGAUACAAAGGCUCGCAUAGUAUCGGAGUUUCCAGAUGCUGACGUCAUGGUUAUGCCGCUCGACCUCAGUUCUCUCACUUCUGUUAGGAACUUCGUGGCUCACUUCCACUCUCUCCGUUUGCCCCUCAAUCUCCUCAUAAACAACGCUGGCAAGUUUGCACAUGAGCAUGCCAUCUCGGAGGAUGGCCUUGAAAUGACCUUCGCCACUAAUUAUCUAGGUCAUUUUUUGUUAACAAAGCUUUUAUUGAAGACGAUGAUCGAGACGGCAGAGAAGACAGGGGUGCAAGGGAGGAUAGUGAACGUGUCGUCGAGCAUCCACGCUUGGUUUUCCGGUGAUGUCAUCUCAUAUUUAGCCUCUAUUAGCCGCAACAACAAAAGCCAUUACGACGCCACACGUGCUUAUGCUCUUUCCAAGCUCGCCAACGUCUUCCACACCAACCAACUUGCUCGCAAGCUCCAGCAAAUGGGGGCGAACGUGACAGUGAACUGUGUGCACCCGGGGAUCGUGAGAACCAGACUCACUAGAGAGCGUGAGGGAUUACUCACAGAUAUAGUUUUCUUUUUGGCUUCCAAGCUCUUAAAGACCAUUCCACAGGCAGCAGCAACAACAUGCUAUGUGGCGACCCACCCAAGGUUGCAUAACGUGAGUGGCAAGUACUUUGCAGAUUGUAACGAGGCUGUAACAUCAAAGUUGGGAUCCAACUCAACCCAAGCUUCAAGGUUAUGGGCCGUUUCUGAAUUCAUGCUCACCAGGGGUCCUAAAGCUGCCUUUGACCUACUCAAUCACCUUCACUUUUGAUACUCUUGCUGGGGCCAAUGGAAAAAGACACAGCUAUAGAAUUAGGAUUUUAUGGUAAACAAAAAGAUAAAUAGGUGUAGUACAGUGUAGUUGGAGAUUGAAGCCACUUUGCAACCUAAAAAAAAGGGAAGGAUUUUGUGCUCUCUUGAUUUGAUUAGACUCUACUGCAAGUCAAGAUAACAGGAAAGAAUUACCGUUGUGACUUGUAACUAUAUUUUUGUUCUGAUUACUUACGGUAAACGAUAGGCAUACUUGUUGGUUUUAUUUAGUUAAAAUUUUAAGAUGUAUUUGCUAUAGGUAGUACUAGUUAGAUUGAGUAACUAUGAUGAUUCAAUGAUUAUAUAGCUAGCUUGGAUUAUAUAUAUUAACAUGGUGGACCUUAGACUAUAAGGGAAAGUACUUGGAAAUACAUUCGAUUUUUUCUGUCAAUAUGAUGUAUGUAUAUGGGGAUGUUAGUGAAUUAGUUGUGCUUUAA